AACUAAUUAUAGGUUAAAAAUCUUAAAAUGAACAGUAUGAAAUCGGCUAUUGAACGAUUUAACAAGACCAAGAUGGAGCAGCAGCAACUAUUGAACCCUGCAUCAGAAGUUAUGUUUUGGCAGAGAGAGGCCGCAACUCUAAGGCAAGAACUGCACUCGUUACAGGAAAAUCAUAGACAGCUAAUGGGGGAGAAAUUAAAUGGUUUGAGCGUUAAUGAAUUGCACAAUAUAGAGAGCAGACUUGAAAUGAGUUUACGUGGAAUUCGUACGAAAAAGGAACAAAUGUUGACCGAUGAAAUCAAAGAACUAACCAAAAAGAGGAAUCUUAUUCAUCAUGAGAACCUCGAAUUGUCAAGAAAAGUACAAAGAAUUCAUCAAGAAAACAUCGAACUACACAAGAAAGUAGCUUAUGCAACGUCAAGCUCAAAUGUAUUGGGACUUGGUGAGCUUGAAGAUGCAGCAGAUGCAUCAAAUGCACAAGUUAGGCUGCAGCUAAGUCAGCCUGAACAGUCCUGUUAUGAUUCCGCAUCAAAGAGCUAAGAUCAUAGUGAAAAGAUACUUGACAAAGUGCAAGUAUAAUCAGAGAACAAACCGAAGGUUCAACUAUGUACAAUAUAUAUAUGAUCAAGCAAUGGAGCAGCGUGUCGCUUAUAUUGGUUCUAGCUUUGUCAUUUGGUUUUAAGUAUAUACUUAAGAGUUAACAAAUAUUAAGAAAACGCAUACAGUUUAUAUAGUUAAGUACGGUGUUCAAAUUGAAAUUGGGUUGAUUGCAGUUUGUUCGUUUCUCGGUUUUCAGUGAAGAGUAAUUAAAAUAUGAGAGUGUUAUUCUGGCUCAUACUUCGGUCGACUUUGUUGUACCUUUUGGUUUAGAGUGGUGAU